GCUGUCGCACCAGUGCAGUACCAAGUUGUAUUGAACCAAUGGAGUACGCAGCCAUGGGGGCCACCCCAGCAGCAGUCCGCUCCGUGGCAGGGAAUCGUACCAUGGAUGGGGCAUGUAGUACCGUCUCCGUCGAUCUCGGCAACAACGCAACCACCAACUCAAUUGCUUGUUCAGAUGGCACUACCGCAGCAGCCUCUAAUCGUACAGCCGAAUCAUCAGGGCUUCCACAACCAUGGCAGGCAUGGGGGAAGCCCGACAUCAAGUGGAGGUGGGAAAGGUCCCGCUGCUAAUAAUUUCCCUGGUCCGGGAAAUCGGGCCUAUUUCACCAAGGAAUACAUGGAGAUCUUGGAGAGCAUCAAGUCAAGUAAAACGAUUGACGAAGCGGAAAAGAAGAUCGGAGUGCCGAAGAACUGCGCUGCCAAGCGGAGUGGGAUCCUGAUCGUCGAACUUUCUAACGAAGGAAGCAGAGAUGACGCACGUUCUUCAGAAAAAAACGAGGACAUGAAAUCGUGGGUUACUACUACGCUGGGUGAUUCACUGAAGCUCAUCAAUUCGAAAUUAGAAGAAGUUAACAAGAAGUUGAAAUUGGACGCUACUGAAUGGGAUGAGUUGGAACGCCUCCGAAGGGAAGUGCAAGGAGGCAAGGAUAACAAGGAACUCUCAAGCAACGAGAAGCGGAAAAGAAGCGUCGCCGGCACUCUAGUUCAAAACUCUCCAUCAGCAGCACGCGCUAGACCAAGGUCCAAGGGAAGUUCAAAAACUAAGCUGAAGCGCAUCGAGCUCUCGGACGACGAAGGACCGUCUGGUACUAAACAGAAAUUGCAGUCUAAGUUGGAAAGCACAAAGAAUGAGUUAUCCGACAUCAAGCGGAUGCUCGUUGCGCUCAUGAGCGGUUUGCCAGAUCCGAAAGGGAAGACAAAGGUAAUCGAUCCAAGGAUGGCCAUGGGUGCUGAACCAAAACAUCCUGAGGAGGUCGAUCUCGAAGAUGUCAACAUAGCACAAAAUGUCCAAGUUGAAGGUGAUGAGGAAGACCUGAACGAAGAUGGUUUCGCAGCGUAUAUGAAGAUUCGAGCCGAAUACUACGACUCUUUACACUACACACGUGUGCAAGAGCUGUGUAGAGAGCGUGACGUGGAGUACUUCAAGAAAGACGUUGCCAUGUGGGAACUCGCCAAACAAGACCUGCAGGAAUACGCUGACUCGUUGAGGGAAGAACGGGUAACACGAGAUGGUGAAAAGUCGCGCUGGAAGGAGACUCCUGCCAGGAAUGACCAUGACGACGUGGGUGAUGACCAUGACAAAGUGAAGGGAAACUGAGUCUAAGUAGCAUCAGAUCAGUCAGGCGAGUUGCUGCUUGAGUAAUCGGUGCAAAAAGGAUCAUUGAUCCUACGUUGCUGAACCUACUUUAGCGCUUUCAAA